AUGACAAUAUUUCUUGGUAUAUAUAAAGCAGUUUAUGCUUAUGAACCACAAACCCCUGAAGAAUUAGCUAUAGAAGAAGACGAUUUGCUAUACUUACUGGAGAAAUCUGACGUCGAUGAUUGGUGGACAGUUAAAAAAAGAGUAUUAGGCACAGAUGCAGAUGAACCAACAGGGCUAGUUCCAUCAAAUUAUGUUGAGGAAGCACCUAUUAUUUCUCAAGUAAAAGCAAUUUAUAACUAUGAUGAAGCACAAAAUCCAGAUGAAGAAUUAUUAUUUAAUGAAAAUGAAAUAUUCGAUGUAUUUGAUGAUAGAGACCAAGAUUGGCUUUUGGUAAAAUCUCGUUCGGCGAACCAAGUUGGUUUUGUUCCUGGAAAUUACGUCGAGCCCAUAUCAGGUGGUGCUGUACCAGCAGCUCCAACAGCUGCACCAAUUUUACCAGCUGCUGUACCACCCCCACAAGACAAAAAUGAAAGAUCAUCAUUUCCAUCAUCCGAGCAACGUAAUGGAAGAGAUACUACUCAAAAAGAUAUUCCUCCAGCAAAACCUACAAGGCCAAAUCAACAACAAUCUCAAUUAGAAAAUGAUAAUGCUCCAAUACCUACCCCUAUCUAUGGACGUGAUAUAGCUGAUAAUGAAGGUCCACCUCCACCUACAAAACCUGCAAGACCUACCUCGACGAUGGAACCAAACUAUCCUGAUAGAUCUAAUAGCCCAAGAGACAGCGCAAGAGAUAAUACAAGGGAUAAAGCCCGUAGUAGAACAUCUUAUCAUGAAAAUUCGCAACCACCAAAACAGCCUAAUCGUCCUCGUGAUACUGAUUCUUCUCGUCCUAGACAAAACACCUCGUCAAAACGUGAUGGCCCACUUUUUGAUAGUGAUUAUCAUACUUGGAAUGUUGCUGAAGUUGAUGGCCAUAAGAAAACUAAAGCAAAAUUAUCGGUUGGCAGUAACAAGAUUUUCUUCACUCCACAAAGGGGAAAUGAGCAGGAAUGGACCAUUGAUAAAUUAAUAUCUUAUGAUAAUGAAAAGAAACACAUGUUUUUGGAAUUUGUGGAUCCAUAUAAAAGCCUGGAAAUUCAUACUGGUACAACAGCAGUUUGCGAUGAAAUCAAAAGUAUAUUAGGAGAAUAUAAAGGUGCUUCACGUGAUCGUGGAUUGCGAGAAGUUCAACAGGCCUCUCAAACAAAAAGAAAAGCACAGAUAUCCUACGACUUUUUGGCAGAAUCACAUGAUGAAUUGACUGUUCAUGCAGGCGAUGCAGUUUAUGUUAUUGAUGAUCAAAAAUCUUCUGAAUGGUGGAUGGUUGAGUUAAUUAGUACAGGUAAAAAAGGUGUCGUCCCUGCAGAUUUUGUGGAACCUUUUAGGGAAAAAUCUGGCCAUACGGGUGGGAAACUUUUCAAAUCGUUAAAGAAAAUUGGAAGAUCGAAAUCAUUUUCAUCUAAAUCUAAAGACAAAUCUCCCCCAGCAAAUGAAGGUAGUGGCAGCAAGUCUGGGUCUUCUUAUAAUACUGCAAACAUGUCUGGUAGCUGGAAAGAUGAUGCUCAACAAAAUGCCGUUGGCUCAUCAUCCGAGUCAAGAAAAAGAAGAUCAUCUAUGAGCCAUAAGAAAGACUUCCCAGACCCUAAGAAAUCUCGUAUAUGGGCUGAUAAAACCGGGACUUUUAAAGUUGAGGCCCAAUUCAUUGGUUGUAAGGAUGGAAAAAUCCAUUUACAUAAGGCUAACGGUGUAAAAAUCGCUGUACCAGCUGGUAAAUUGUCAACAGAAGAUAUUGUGUAUGUUGAAAGAUUAACAGGGUUUAGUUUGAACAAAUAUAAAGACCAACCUAGAUCUAACCAGGAAAGCUCUAGGGAUGAUGGACCUGAAAGAAGAAUGAGAGAAAGAGAACAAGAAGAAAAAGAAUACGAUAGAAAACUAAGAAAUAGAGAAUUAAGUGAAUUGAGAAGAGCUAGAGAAGCUUUGGAUCAAGAAAGGGAACGGUUAGAAAACCAACCGCCAGCUAAGCCAUUGAGACCACAACAAGAUGAUAGACACAAUGCCGACCGUUCUUACCCGAGCAAUAACAGAAAGAGUAAUUAUGAUUGGUUUGAAUUCUUUUUAAAUUGUGGUGUAGAUGUUAGUAACUGUCAACGUUAUACCACUAAUUUUGACAAAGAAAAAAUUACAGAGGAUAUGAUGGAAGAUAUCAAUAAUUCUAUGCUAAGAACAUUAGGGCUACGUGAAGGGGAUAUUGUAAGAGUUAUGAAAUUCUUGGACAAUAAAUUUAACAGAAAUGUUUCUCCACAACCAGCACCGGCAGAUAAUGCACCAGCUAAUAACACUGGUAUGUUUACUGAAGCAGAUGGUUCCUUAAAGGUUAAUAAUAACCAAUCGACUCCACAAGUUGCUCAACAGUUGCUUCCUCAGUCACAGCCACAACCACAACCUCCAAUUCAAGCACAACAACCUGCCCCAUCACCAGAACCAGCUGCGGCUCCUGCACCAGCACCAGCAGUUGUAACAACAGAUGAUGAUGCUUGGACAACUAAACCAGCUGCGAAGUCAGAACAUGUCGCCAACCAAUCAGACUUUACAGGCUCUAUGCAAGAUUUAUUGGAUUUACAACCUUUAGAACCAUCUAAAAAACCUGCUACAAUUACUUCCUCUAAUAAUACUACACCAGAACCUAACUUGAAACUUUUACAACCCGUUAAAACUGCAACGGUAGCUAAAGAAGAACCUAAUGUUGCUACUACUACCACUGCCACCGCUGCUGCCACUGCUACUGAAUCUUCUAUUCCAUCCAAUUUAGUACCGUUAGAUCCAUUCAAAACUGGUGGCAAUAAUUAUCUACCAUCAAAUACGACAUUCGUUUUGAUGCCAUUUACAACUGGUAGUGCAAUGCCUGCUCAAAUCACAGGCGGUGUGAUACCUCAAACUACAUUUGGUAUGCAACUAACUGGGGGUGUUAUGCCAACCCAAAGAACAGGUGGACUGAUUCCAAUUGCAACAACCGGUGGUGCAAUGCCUCAAACAACGUUUGGCACCCAAGUUACUACCAGUGCUUUGCCAUUACAAACAACUGGUGGUCUGCUACCUAUUUCAACUACUGGGGGGCUUAUGCCACAAACUACCUUUGGAGCUAUCCCUCAAACGUCAUUCACUGCAAAACCAGCUUCUACCAUUUUACCAACCCAAACUACAGGAGGCUUCAUUUCUGCUAGUCUAACGGGUGGUGCAAAUAUUCCAUCGACAUCAUUUAAUGCACCACCUGCAGUUGCCACUGUUUUACCAGUGCAAAAAACUGCUAACGGUUUAAUUCCUGCUAAUCCACUAGGAAUGCCAUCUCAGUUAACUGGGGGACUUAAUCCUCAAACUAGUUUUGGUGCCCAGUUAACAGGAGGGGCAAUGAUGCCUGCUACUUCAUUUGCUACUCAAAUGACCGGUGGGGCCAUGCUACCCGCAACUUCCUUUACUAGUCAAAUGACAGGGGGUGCAAUGAUGCCACAAACAUCGUUCAACAACCAAUUUUCUAGUAGUAUAGCUCCAAUUCAGAAUAAUAUGAUGAAUCCUAUGAACAAACCUGCAACUUCAUUCGGUACCCAAUUUACAGGGGGUGCAAUGCCCAUGCAAAAUAAUAUGAUGAAUCCUAUCACUCAACCUCAAACAUCUUUUGGAAUGCAACCUUCUGUUAAUGGCUUUCAACCAAAAUCACAAUUCGGUGUGAACUUACAGAGAACGGGAGGUGCCAUGAAUCAAUUAACUGGUAGUGCUAUGGGUAAUAUUACACAAGGCUUACAAAAUACCUCAAUAUCCCAACCUCUUCAAACACAGCCCACUGGUAUGGGCUUUGGUAAUGCUCCUACUCAGCAACAACAACAAAAUACGGCUAAUGUGUUCAAUGCUUCCGUGAGCAAUCCUUUUGGAUUGUAA